CUCUGAUGACGGCAAAACGUGAGAUCGCGGCCAGUCGAGAGUCGAGACCCGUCUGCUUCCAAAAUGGCUACUGCACUGUUGCUAGAACGCGCCGAGGCGAUUUCUUCGAUAGAUACUGAGAAAGGAAUUAGCAUAUACAAAGAAAUCGUUUGGAAACUUGAUCCAGAUGCAAUUGACGAGGAAUCAAUUCGAAUUAAGGAGCAAGGCAUUAUGCAAUUGGGAGAGCUAUUCAAGAAGGAGAAGAAAGCUAAAGAACUUGGAGAGCUGAUCAAGGCAACACGGCCUUUCCUCAGUCUCAUCAGCAAAGCUAAGGCUGCUAAACUUGUUCGCUCCCUAGUGGACAUGUUCUUGGACCUUGAAGCCGGGAUCGGCAUCGAAGUUCCUUUGUGUUUGGAAUGCAUUGAUUGGGCAAAACAGGAAAAGAGGACCUUCCUCAGACAGUCCCUAGAAGCCAGAUUAGUAGCUUUGUAUUUUGACACCAAAAUGUACACAGACGCCCUGCACCUUGGUUCCACUCUGCUGAAAGAGCUCAAAAAAUUGGAUGACAAAAAUCUGUUGGUCGAGGUUCAACUGCUGGAGAGCAAGACAUAUCAUGCCCUGAGCAAUCUGCCCAAGGCACGUGCUGCUCUUACUUCAGCCAGAACAACGGCCAACUCCAUCUACUGCCCUCCUAAAAUGCAAGCGUCUCUGGACCUUCAGUCAGGAAUAUUGCAUGCUGCGGAUGAGCGAGACUUCAAAACUGCAUACUCGUAUUUCUACGAAGCGUUUGAAGGUUACGAUACCGGCGAGAGCAGCAGAGCCCUCACUGCCCUCAAGUACAUGCUUCUCUCCAAAAUCAUGCUCAACACGCCAGAUGACGUGCAGAACAUUGUCAGUGGAAAGCUUGCCCUCAAGUAUGCAGGCAGGGACAUCGAGGCAAUGAAAAUGGUGGCAAUGGCCAGCCACAAGAGGUCCCUGGCCGACUUCAAAUCGGCUCUUGAACUUUACGGACCAGAACUGAAAAAUGACCCAAUCGUCAGGGCACAUCUUGACACUCUGUACGACACCAUGCUUGAGCAGAACCUGUGUAGAAUCAUUGAACCAUACUCUAGAGUUCAGGUGGAUUACAUAUCCAAAACCAUUGAUCUUCCCAUGCUACAAGUGGAAAAGAAGUUGUCGCAAAUGAUCCUCGAUAAGAAAUUCCACGGAAUUUUGGAUCAAGGCGAGGGUGUGUUAGUAGUAUUUGAGGAGACGCCCACUGACAAGACGUUUGAGUCAUCCCUGGAGACGAUCCACAGCAUGGGCAAAGUUGUUGACACACUUUAUCACAAAGCGAAAAAACUAUCAUAAUAAAUUACACUGAUAAGCAACCCAGUUCUAGUAUGAAAAAUCGGAAUUUCAUUUGAAAAGAUGAGGUUGUUUUUUAUGCCUCAAAUCGCAACUUGUGAACUAUUAGCUUUUCCCAACCAAUUAUAAUUAUAGCCAGACACAAAAUAUUUCUGUACAUAACAAUUUUUCUUCUCUAGCCAUAAUAGUGUUUCAUCGAAUAAUGGAAAAGCUCGUAUUGAGACCAGCUGCUGGAAAAGUCUGGAUUUCUGGGGUCUGUUUAACCUCCUGAAGUUGUGCUUGGAUGUUAACAAUGAGACUGCAAUUUACUAUAAUGUGCACUUUGAAUUAACUCAGUUUUUAGUCUGCUUAAAAAAAUUUGUUAACAAUAAAUUUUGAUUUUUUGAAGGAAA